AUGUCCUCCCCAUCCACCCGUGUCUUCAACACAGGCGGCCCCUUCCUCACCCGCACCAUCUGGUCCUCUCAAGCUCCCUACCGCUGCUACCAACGCCGCUGGGCCCAAGUCCACGACGUCCGCUUCGUCGCCUCCCGCAACUCCUCCACUAACCCCUCGGCCGUGCAGGAGAAAUACCGCGCCAAGCUCGAGCAGAAGGCGCGGGAGAAGGGGUUGAGGAAUGUGGAGGAGUUGAAGGGGGAGUAUGAGGGGCGGAUCCGGGAGUUGAGGGAGAAGGCGACGGUGCCGGGGGCGAAUGCGCCGGUGGGUGCGCAGGUGCCGCCGAGGCCGGAGGGGGUCGAUGCGAGUAUUCCUUAUCAAGCCCCACCAGUGCCGGAGACCAACGAGGAUGGUGGCGCUGCGGCACAAGCCUACGCCAAAGCGAGCAAAGACGGCGUCAAAACCCUCUCCUCCUUCCUCGACGUGCAGAAGACCUCCGAAUUACCAUCCAAGGAGAUCGAGGCACUAUGGAGAUUACGCCACGUCCGGGACCCUCAGAGCUUGUGUGCGGUCAUGCCCGCCGCGACCUUCACCCGCAUCGCCAUCACCGCGCGAAAACAUCCGCAGUUUAUCCUGCCGCUUCCCCGAGAAGGCCAGGGCGCCGAGAUUCAUUUCCUGCAGUGGACUUUUCCGUCAAAGAAUACAGCAACAGUUCUCUUCACGCACCUGGCUGAAUUCAAACUGCGAGGGGAGUUCGCGCAGCCGCAUACGACUGUGACCCAUCAUCUCGAUCUCGCGGGGAGUAAUGAUAUCGUGCUGCUCGAGGGUAGGGUGACGGAGGAUAAAGGGUUGAGCGUGGACGAGGGGAAAUGGCUUCUGAUGUGUCUGCAGAAAUUCUAUGGCUUUGAGGCCCAUAGCGAAGGGGCUCGGGCUAAUGCGGGCAGGAGGAGGAAGCUGAUGGAGCAGUUUUCGGGUGGCGACGAGACGUUCAAGGUUGAGGAGUUGGUGGAGGAGGCGGAGAAGGUACCUUGA